GUUCACGCGUGCAGCCACGCUGGGGUCCCGGGCCAGGUCCCACCAAUACCCUGGGAACCUCACCGCUCGUGGGGUCAGGGUGAUGAGCCCUCUGGCCAAGGUUCCCCAGCAAGAGAUGCAGGACCUCGCCGGGCUUGCAGUCCCAACUGCAAGGAAGGCGGCUUUGGCGGGCCGCCCGGCCAGGGGGCUCCAGCACUGCUCACGAUGCUCACACAGCAGGAGUCGGGGGGCCCACCACGGUCAACGCCCGCCCUUCUUGAGACUCGCGCCCAAGGGACUUCAAGGGAACUGCCGGUCCCAAAGAUGGCUGCCGCCCCUCUGAAACGCGGCGGCCGCAGAGGCGAUGGAAGUGACCCUCACAAACAUGGCCGCCGCCCGUCCGCUACGUACAGCGCCCACUUUGUUGGGUCACAUGCCCGAAGACUCCGGGGUGUGAUUGGUGGAGCCCUUGGUGACGUCAGACGCUACUGAGCGGGCCGAGGACCGGAGGGUUGCAGCAGGGCAGUGAAGCGUUGGGCAGGAGUCGGGGGGGGGCUUGGCGGCGUUUCGGGGGCGGCAGUGCGCUUCUCACACUCAUGAGGAGCCGGAAGCUCACAGGGGGAGUGCGGUCCUCGGCGCGCCUGAGAGCCCGGAGCUGUGCGGCCAGGUUGGCCUCUGCCCAGGAAGCCGGGAUCGCCCUGUCCGCCAGAACUGUGUGUCAGACUUCUUCGUCGCACAGAGGCGCGGACAGGCGGACUUCCAAAAAGUUCAAGUGUGACAGAGGGCAUCUUGUGAAGUCAGAAUUACAGAAACUGGUCCCCAAGAGCGAGAGCGCCGCCCUGCCCGGAGCGUCCCCGGAGGCCCCUGGUGAGAACGAGCCCCUGGAGCUGGCUAACGGCGGCCCUGCGGCCCCAGGAAAGGACGCCGGCAUCUGCACCGCACAGGAGACCGCGGGCCUCCCCUUCGGGCACGGCCGAGUCGUGCAUGACGCCUGCUCGGCAGGGACAGAAGAUGGCCUGUCCAGCGCCCCUCCGGGUCCCCAGCUGAACAGCAGUCCCACUGCAGGGGGCGGGCACACGCAGGAGACCGAGGCAGCCCAGACGCCGCCGCUGCACAUGGACGGCAGCGUCUUCCUGGAUGAUGACAGCAACCAGCCAAUGCCAGUGAGCAGGUUCUUCGGCAACGUCGAGCUGAUGCAGGACCUCCCACCAGUGUCUUCAUCUGGUCCUUCAGUGAGCCGGCGAGAGUUCAGGAAGAUGCAUUUCAGAGCCAAAGACGAUGAGGAGGAGGAAGAGGAUGCGGAGAUGUAGGGAAUCAAAUAAAUAUGCCAACUUCUCCCAUGUUCCGUGCAGUUAACAGUGGACAGUUGAGCGAAUUACAGGACUUGUCAAAUGUGUCCCCGGGAGGGUGUGUCCUGAACCGCACUUCUGGGGGCAGCCCCACCUGAAGCGGAAACUGGUCCACGCCAGGGCUGUCUGCACAGGUGCUGGGGGGAGGGCGGGAGGCCUCCAGGGCCGUAUGGUGACUGUGACAGACUGUAAAUGUAAAGGAAGCUCUUCGAGUAAGCGCUUCAGUUUUGAUGACACUCACACCCACUUUCCACGGAGAGAAUUUGGUCGUCCUUGUGACCGACGGCGGCAGUUCUCAAAGAACGCGCCUUUCUUCCCGUGCGCGAAGCUAAUGUUUGUCUCAGAAACUUUCCAAGAAACAUAUGGGAAAAAUAAAAUAUAUUUUGGAAAUAUCUCAAGAA